CCUGAUACAGCUGCUCCCCAGCUCAUCCUGUCUGAGGAUGGGAAACAAGUACAUGAUGGAGCUGUAGUGAGGAAACUCCCACACAACCCUAAGAGAUUUAAUUUUUUGUCAACAUAUGUUGUUCUCACGAGGCAGAGCUUCUCCUCAGGGAGAUUUUACUUUGAGGUCCAGGUUAAAGACAAGACUGCAUGGGGGUUUGGAGUGGCCAGAGAGUCCAUAGACAGAAAAGGUUGGACAGAGUUAACCCCUGAGACGGGUUACUGGACUCUGGACUACUACAAGGAAGUGUUGGUAUUUAGUGAUGACCCUUCUGUCCGUCUCCCUCUGAGAGCUGAGCUCCAGAAGGUGGGGGUGUUUGUUGAUUAUGAUGAGGGUCUGGUCUCCUUCUAUGAUGUGGAAGCCAGGGUUCAUAUCUACUCUGCUACUGGCUGUGCCUUCACUGAGCCUCUCUAUCCAAUCUUCCGUCCAGGUUCACGUCAAGAAGGUACAAACUCUGCCCCCCUGAUCAUCUCACCUGUCAAUCAAACAGACUAGGACUUCUGUUUGAUAAUAAAAUAACCAAACAACCAAAAUAACUAAUGUUUCCUGAAUGGGAUUCUCUACCAUUGGAGAUCUGAGAGAACUGCAUUCAUAUCGUACUAUUCACUGUUAAUUAACAACAAAAUGUAUUAAGCCAAUUACAUUGUAGGCUACUAUAAAAAAAUAUGUAUCAUUAAAACUGGUUAGACUACUCUUAAAUGUUCGAUGUCUUUUAUCUGAUCAUUUUUUAAAUACAAUUAGGUUAGCUGAAAGUGUAAAAUGUUAUUUUUAUUAGUAUUUUGAUAAAACUCUGUUUAACCAUUCAGAAACGCCACAGACAGUUGGUUUUUUCCAUGACCUAGCAAUGCACCUUUUAGCCUCCAGCAGACACAUACCAAUUAAAGUUUUUUAUCUUUAGUCAUCACAAAAUUAUUAGGGUAAAUAUUUAGGAUACAUAGCUUAGGAUCAGUAGGCAUCACCUUUCCAAUAAUACGGCCAAUAACGUUCAGUACCCCUCUCCAAAAGCGUGCAACCUGUGGACAGCUCCACAUACAAUGAAACAGUGACCCCUUCUGCUGGCUACAUUUAAAGCACGUGUCGGGAAUAUUGGGGUUAAAGGGGCGCAGCUUGACCGGAGUAAUGUACUGUCUACUGAGCCAUUUAUAUUGUAACAGUAUAGAAUGUGUGUUAACAGAUUGUUUUUUUACCAAAGAGCAGGCUUCUGACCAUUCUUCCUCUGAUACAUUUUCAUCUAAAUCCAUAUUCCAGGCCCGUAAAAUAUUAUUUGAAGACUCCUUAGAUCCACUAACAAACAAAUUGUCAAUCACAGACACCUGCCCCCUAGCUCUAAAAUAUUUUAAAGUGACAUCUUCCAAAAUGGACAAGGGGGGGAGCGCCAGGCUAUUACACUGCUUGGAUAGAAGACAUUUCUGAUUUGGAGAUAUUUAAAGAAAUGUUUUGUAGGAAUG